AAACCAACAACAGCUGCGACAACAAAGUUCUAGUGGAGGCUCCACUAUCCAAGCUGAUUUAUUGCUCCAAUUCAUGAUGGAAACUAGAGCCUCUAUUAAAACUCUAGAAACUCAAAUGGAACAAUUGGCUACUCAAGUGGAAAAACAAGCUCAAGGAAAUUCGCCUAGCACUAAUGAUGCAAAAGGAAAAGAGCAAUGUAAAGCAAUUUCCUUAAGGAGUGGAAAGAAAUAUGAUGGGCCUGAGAUGAUACAACCAGUGGAUGAAGAGAUUAAAGUUCAAACAACACCAACUCAAGCAUCAUCAGAUAAGAAGAUUACUGAUAGUCCAACACCACCACAGCAGUCUCCACCAAUCAGUAUUGAUCAUCAUGUGAAAAUACCCUAUCCUCAGAGACUCCGAAAGACCAAUCUAGACAAGCAGUUCACAAAAUUUCUAGAGGUCUUUAAAAGACUACACAUCAACAUUCCUUUUGCUGAAGCCUUGGAACAAAUGCCCCGUUAUGUGAAGUUCAUGAAGGAGAUAUUGUCUAAGAAGAGAAAAUUGGAGGACUAUGAAACAGUGGCAUUAACUGAGGAGUGUAGCGCCAUUUUGCAAAAGAAACUACCGCCCAAGCUUAAAGAUCCGGGUAGUUUCAAUAUUCCAUGCUCUAUAGGGGGUUCGGUGGAAACUAAAGCUCUAUGUGAUCUGGGAGCAAGCAUUAAUCUAAUGCCCUUGUCUGUCUUCAAAAGGCUAGGAUUGGGAAAAGCAAAGCCCACAACAGUGACUUUACAACUAGCGGAUCGUUCUUUGACUCAUCCUCGUGGGAUAAUUGAAGAUGUACUGGUGAAGGUUGGUAAGUUUAUCUUCCCUGCUGAUUUCCUAAUUCUUGAUAUGGAGGAAGAUUCAACUAUUCCCAUUAUUUUGGGAAGACCAUUCUUAGCCACAGGCCGAGCAUUAAUAGAUGUUCAAAAGGGAGAGUUAAAGUUGAGAGUGCAAGAUGAAGAGGUCAAUUUUAAUGUUUUUGCCCCAACCGACAUUCCUACCUGUUGCAAGAUUGAGAUGGUGAAGGGUUCUUUUGUUAAAGCUGAUAAGAAGAAAACAAAGCCUAAAGAGCGAUUUCGAACGAUUCGGCGUCAUUGGAAAAGAUUGAUGUGUGGUAGUUCUGAAGGUGAGUUUACUCUUGUGCGAAACUCUGAAAUCAACACGAUUGGUGGUAAAUUUUCUUCAUUUAGUACGAGGGCUCUUUUGGAUGAAAAGGGUCCGCCCAACCCCUUCUGAUGGGGGUUCAGGUAAGUCCUUCUCACCUUGAGUAUAAUAGCACAUUGGGGACAAUGUCAUAUUUAGUUUGGGGGGAGAGACUUAAAUUUUUUAAAUUCUGCACUUUAAUUUCUGCUUUAGUUUUUUUUUUUUAUUAUUUUAGUUAAGGAAUGACAAUAAGCUUGACGAUAGUUGUAUACUGCUGUUUAGUGUGAUGUGAUCUGAAAUUGUAAAAUAACUGUGUGCUUGAUUCUCUUAACUCUUUGGAUUAGUUUGGAUGCUUAGAAACCUGUGUUUAUCUGCAAAAA